CACUUUCCCUUGUGCGCCUGCGCGCCGUCAUAAUUUGAGGGAACAGCCUCGCCCACUGUAGGCAUCAUUUUUCCUUGUGCGCCUGCGCGUCCGCCUCAGCGUCGCCGGAAGCUCAUUGACAAGGCGGCAAGAUGGCGGACCGGCCUGUUCCUCUUCAGGAGAAACGGCUCUUGGAUGUGAAAGUUGGGCAGCUGCCGAGCUGGUUGGCCACUCGAGAUUACACCCCGUUGGGGAUUGCGAGAGGUAUUCAAGGAGGUUAUGACAGAUUUGUCGCAAAGUACAUUGAUGUGAGGAGAGGCGGCAUUGGCGGCAUUGCCAUGAUGUUAACUGGUUAUGUCAUCAUCAGCUACAUCUGGAAUUACAAGCAUCUCAAGCACGACCGCUGGAGGAAGUAUCACUGAACCAGAAGGAUGCAUUUUGCCAUUCUGAAUUCUGAUAGGAGACCCUCUCAGCUGGAGGCAGCUUGGCUCUUACAUGUGGAUUUCUGUUCUGGCAUCAGUUAUGUACCCCGAGACCAAUAAAAAUAUAUACCGUGAA